AGCCUGAAUCAAAAAGAGUAAGAAAAAUAAAAUAGUGACGAAACUGCAGGCCAACUUCUUCGCCAAUCGCAGCAAACCUUAGCCGCCUACUGUUUUUCUCUUGUCACAAGAGUUUGUCGCCUGCUGAAAAGGGGUUGCAACAGAGGUGCGUCCCAAAAUAAGGUCUUGCGAAACUUUGAUUUGACAAACCCGCAACUCAAAGGUCAUCCAGGGACGGGAUUUGCAGCAGCAGUGUUUUGAUUCCGAAGCACACACACACACACCCACACACAAACAGGCGAAGAAGGAGCAUGGCCGAGACGCCGGAAGUGGUGGUGGCUGCACCGAAGGCGGAAGUGGCAGACGAACGGUACUGUUGGGUCUGUUUCGCUACGGAUGAGGACGACAAGCUGGCGCCGUGGGUCCAGCCGUGCAACUGCCGGGGCGCUACCAAGUGGGUCCACCAGAGCUGCCUGCAGCGCUGGGUAGACGAGAAGCAGAAGGGCAACACGUUCAAGCGGGUCAGCUGUCCGCAGUGCCAGAGCGAGUACAUCAUCGUGCUGCCCUCGAUGGGCACGCUGGCGAAUGUGCUGGAAGGGAUCGACACUAUGAUCAAGCGGAUUAGUCCGUUCUUGACGGCUGGGGUGAUCGUGGGGUCGUUCUACUGGAUGGCCGUCACGUACGGCGCUGUGACCGUUCUGCAGACGGUUGGGUACGAGGAAGGUUUGGCUCUGAUGGAGCGAGCUGAGCCGAUCGUGUUGCUGAUCGGACUUCCGGCCAUUCCGGUGGGCUUGAUCUUGGGACGCAUGAUCCGAUGGGAAGAGUUUGUGCUGCGUUUCCUGCAGACCAAAUCGUUCAGCGUUCGCAAGUUCCCGAUGCUGAACCUGCUGCUACCGAUCGCGUCGCUCGAGGAUGACCCCGCGUACGGUUCCAGCAGCGGAGGCAACGGCGGCGAGUCCUCGCCUCAGCAGCCUCCCACCAAUGGGCUACCGCCCGGUACGGUCGUCAGCUCGGAUCCGGUCUCGGCCACCCGGGUCCUGUGCGGAGCGCUGCUCCUGCCCACGGUCUCGUCCGUCGUGGGGCGAGUCUUCUUCGACUCGAUUCAGAACAACUUCCAGCGCGUCCUGGUCGGCGGGUUCGCCUUCGUCGCCAUCAAGGGAGCGCUCAAGAUCUACUACCGACAGAAGCAGUACAACCGCAAGAAACAGCGCCGGAUUUUGGACUUUACGCCGGAAAACAUACGAAAGUACACCGCCGCGAGCAGUGGACCCCAGCGAUCGGAACAGAAUGCCGGCCAGCCGAGGGUCUAGGCAUGAGGAGGAGGAGGAGGACGCCGCCGUAAGCACAAGAGUAGAAAGUCUAUUUUUUAUGCAAACUUUUUUAGCCGUUGCCGUCGUCGGAGGUUGCCAAAGAGAGACCACCUGGCGGGUUUGUGAGCCGAAUGGAAGUUGGAAAGUUGUCGUGUUUGAUGUUGACGGGGACGGAGAUAUUUAGAAUUUCUAAAGACUACUGUUAAAUGUUCACUAUACCUAUAUCACUGUUUUCUGUAAAUAAAAUUAUUGGUUUUAAUCCUAAA